AUGGUUGAACCCGCUGCACCUGCAAACAUCGUUAAAUGGGUCAACGAACAGUAUCCACGUCCAGCUCUAGAUCCAGUUUGGCUUCGUGACUGUUGCUCAUGGAUCGCGCACUCCUACUCCCUUUCUCCAACUGACUUUCCACAAUUUAGUUCCCAUGUAACUUCUCAAUUUUUUCAGUCCAGCCUCGCAGACUCCACCCUGCCAAACACUGGUCUCCCACAAAAUAUCCAUACCAUCAAAAGGGCUCGUCUUACAGGCCUUCCAUGCCUCGUAGAGAUUCGUGCCAUCAGCGACAUUGGUAAUAGUGCGUUCAGCUUGAUGAACGUGAGGCAAAAUCGUAUGGAUCGAGCGGACUUGGCUGGCCUUGCUAGAGAGGAUGAAGAGGAUGCGGAAGAGGAUGAAGGACCAGUCCCAAAGUAUCCGAGAGGCAUGCUGCGUCUUGAGUUAAGCGAUGGUUUCACAACUGUUGAAGCUGUAGAAUAUCGUUCUAUACCACAGCUUGAACUUGGCGUCACUCCGCUGGGGUACAAGAUCCUCUUGAAAGACGUACAGAUUCGCAGAGGCAUUAUCUUCCUUGAACCCCAGACGAUCGAGCUGAAAGGACAUCAAACAGAGGACCAUGAGGUAAUGCAAGAUGAAAUAUUUCUGCGCAGCUUGAGACGGAGGCUUGGGUGA